AUGACGAGGGCACUUCUCAUCUCCUUGGUCAGUUGCCUUGUUACCAUUAGUAAGGCCAGACUCAUCAACCGCUGUGACUUGGCCAGGGUGCUACACCAGGAGGACUUGGAUGGUUUUGAGGGCUACUCCCUGACCGACUGGCUAUGCCUGGCUUUUGUGGAAAGCAAAUUCAACAUAUCAAAGAUCAAUGAGAAUGCAGAUGGCAGCUUUGACUAUGGCAUCUUCCAGAUCAACAGCCACUACUGGUGCAACGACUACCGGAGUCACUCGGAAAACAUUUGCCACACAGAGUGUCAAGAACUGCUGCGCCCCAAUCUUCUCUCAAUCAUCCACUGUGCAAAAAAGAUUGUGUCUGGAGCAGGGGGGAUGAAGAACUGGGUAGCAUGGAGGAUACACUGUUCAGGCCGGCCACUCUCCUACUGGAUGACAGGGUGUCGCCUGGGAUGA